UUGAAACGCAGCCCAGCAGCGCGCAGAGCGCGCUUAGGUGGGUGCUCGAAAAAAUGUCGGGACGCAGAAGGAAGGACAAGAGCAAGCUGCUGGAGAGGAGGCCCCGUUACGUUCUCGGCAAGGAGCAGAGGUACAAUGACAUGAGGGACAGGGAGCCCGUGGAGUCCGACAAGGAGAACGACGAGACAGCGACGACGGCGGACGAGUGGCCGCUACCGUUCCCCGUGGCCAUGUGGGACCUGGAGCACUGCGACUCCAGAAAGUGCACGGGCAGGAAGCUGGUGAGGCACGGCCUGACGAAGCUGCUACGGCUGGGCGCGCGAUUUCCAGGCCUGUGCCUCACCCCGCUGGGCGACAAGUGCGUGACCCCGAUGGAUCGCGAGAUCGUGGAAACGUACGGCUGCGCGGUCGUGGACUGCAGCUGGUCGCGUAUAGACGACACCCCGUUCAACAAAAUGAGGACCGCCCAUCCUCGCAUACUGCCCUUCCUGGUCGCCGCCAAUCCGACGAACUUCGGCAAACCGUGCGAGCUGAGCUGCGUCGAGGCGAUCGCGGCCGCUCUAAUUAUAACGGGAUUCCCGGGCGAGGCUGCGGUGUACCUUGACAAGUUUCGCUGGGGACACUCGUUCCUGAAGCUGAACGGCGAGCUGUUGGAGAAGUACGCCCGUUGCGCAAACACCGAAGAAGUAAUAGCGGUGCAGGACAAGUUCCUGAAGGACGCCUGGCAGGAGAGGAUAGACCGACUUGCGCUUCCUGACUUUCCGCAAAGUGAUACGGAAUCUGAAGAAGAGGAGGAUAAAGGAGAUGGGACGGCGAUGUCCGAAAUAGCUAAGGAACUAGCUAAUGCAAGAAUAUAAAGUACAAUAGCUAAUGCAAGAGUAUAAAGUACAAUAGCUAAUGCAAGAGUAUAAAGUACAAGUACUGCAGCUGUUUAACGCGCUCAAGUAAUGCAGGCACUUUUACAUACGUAAGCAUUUUGUACAUUUGUUGAAAUGACUAUAUUAUGUUAUAGAUUCGUAAUAUAUAUAUGUAAAUUAUACAUAUUAAAGAAAUGGGAAAGGA